ACUGUAUCAGUGUAGCUGGCAGAUCCACUCAGUCCUGAGGAGCAACUUGCACAACUGUGGCCAUGGGCAAAGUUAUCUUCUACGAGGACAGGAACUUCCAGGGUCGCUCUUAUGAGUGCAUGAGUGACUGUGCUGACUUGCACUCCUACAUGAGCCGCUGUCACUCUUGCAGAGUGGAGAAUGGAUGUUGGAUGAUGUACGAUCAUCCCAAUUACAUGGGAAAUCAGUAUUUCUUUAGAAGGGGCGAAUACGCUGAUUACAUGUCUAUGUUUGGAAUGAGUGAAUGCAUCAGGUCCUGCCGUAUGAUCCCUAUGUACAGGGGAUCCUACAGAAUGAGGAUCUACGAGAGGGAGAACUUCAUGGGUCAGAUGUACGAGAUGAUGGAUGACUGUGACAGCACCAUGGACCGUUACCGCAUGUCUCACUGCCAGUCCUGUCAUGUGAUGGACGGCCACUGGCUCUUCUAUGAGCAGCCCCACUACAAAGGCAGAAUGUGGUACUUCAGGCCUGGAGAGUACAGGAGCUUCAGCAAUAUGGGUGGCAUGAGAUUCAUGAGCAUGAGGCGUAUCAUGGAUUCUUGUUACUAGUGUU